UCUGUCUAGCUCAGUGCACCCUGACACUGGCCUCGCUCGGUGCCUGGGGUUUCUCUCUCAGGAGCUAAGAGAAAGGAGCAGAGGCCAGGACCCACGGAGCCAGAGCUACAGGCUGGGCAUUCCCAGGAGAGCGGCUGGUGUGGCCUGGAUGAGGCGCAGAGAUGGGGAAAAGGUUGGACCUUUCCACGCUCACAGACGAGGAGGCUGAGCACGUGUGGGCAGUGGUUCAGCGGGACUUCGACCUCAGGAGGCGAGAGGAAGAAAGACUCCAGGGGCUGAAGGGCAAAAUACAAAAGGAGAGCUCCAAGAGGGAGCUGCUGUCGGACACAGCCCAUCUGAAUGAGACCCACUGUGCCCGCUGCCUGCAGCCCUACCGGCUGCUCCUGAACAGCAGACGACAGUGCCUAGAGUGCAGCCUCUUCGUCUGCAAAAGCUGCAGCCACGCCCACCCAGAAGAGCAGGGCUGGCUCUGCGACCCCUGCCACUUGGCCAGGGUCGUGAAGAUCGGCUCCCUGGAGUGGUACUACCAGCACGUGAGGGCUCGCUUCAAGCGUUUCGGGAGUGCCAAAGUGAUCCGGUCUCUCUGCGGGCGGCUGCAGGGUGGAGGUGGAUCUGAGCCAAGCUUGGAAGAAGGAAAUGGAGACAGUGAGCAGACGGAUGAGGAUGGAGACCUGGACACAGAGGCCAGAGACCAGCCCCUCAACAGCAAAAAGAAAAAGCGCCUGCUCUCCUUCCGAAAUGUGGACUUUGAGGAAGACUCAGAGCACUCGGUGCAGCCUUGCAGCCAAACCUUGGGCCUGUCCUCAGUUCCUGAGUCUGCACACAGCCUGCAGUCCCUCUCAGGUGAGCCCUACUCUGAGGACACCACCUCUCUGGAGCCUGAGGGCCUAGAGGAGACUGGUGCAAGGGCUUUGGGAUGUCGUCCCAGUCCUGACGUGCAGCCAUAUAGCCCUUUACCCUCUGGGGAGGAUGCUCACGCUGACCUGGACUCGCCUGCAGCAUCCUGCAAGAGUGCCUUUGGGACCACAGCUAUGCCUGGAACAGACGAUGUCAGGGGCAAGCAUCUGCCCUCACAGUACCUGGCUGAUGUGGACACCUCUGAUGAAGACAGUAUCCAGGGUCCCAGGGCGGCCUCCCAGCAUAGCAAGAGGAGGGCCCGGAAUGUGCCUGAGACUCAGAUCUUGGAGUUGAACAAGCGAAUGUCAGCUGUGGAGCACCUGCUAGUCCACCUGGAGAAUGCGGUUCUGCCACCCUCAGCCCAGGAGCCAACUGUGGAGACACACCCCAGUGCUGACACAGAGGAGGAGACACUCAGGAGGAGGCUGGAGGAGCUGACCAGCAACAUCAGUGGUUCUAGCACCUCAUCAGAAGAUGAGACCAAGCCAGAUGGCACCUUCCUUGGAGGGUCCCCAAAGGUGUGCACAGACACAGGGCACAUGGAGACACAGGAAAGGAACCCUCGGAGCCCUGGGAACCCUGCUCGGCCUACAAAAAGCACAGAUGAGGAGCUAUCUGAGAUGGAGGAUAGAGUGGCCAUGACAGCCUCUGAAGUUCAGCAGGCUGAGAGUGAGAUCUCAGACAUCGAGUCCAGGAUCGCAGCUCUGAGAGCCGCAGGACUCACAGUGAAGCCCUCGGGAAAACCUCGGAGAAAGUCAGGCAUCCCGAUCUUUCUUCCCCGGGUUACUGAGAAACUUGACAGGAUCCCAAAGACUCCACCUGCAGACCCUGACGACCAAGCCAAGAUGCCCAAGGCAACGGCUGUGCCCUCUCUCCUGAGGAGGAAGUAUUCUCCCAGCAGCCAAGGCAUAGACGGUAGUUCUUUUGAUCGGAAAUCAGUGUACCGUGGCUCGCUGACACAGAGGAACCCUAACGGGAGGAGAGGGACAGCCAGACACAUCUUCGCGAAACCCGUGAUGGCCCAGCAGCCCUAAAGGGAGGCUCAUGGCACAGGACAGUACCACAAAGCACCCCACAGUUUCCUCCACAUGACCGUCGCCUCCCCAUGGGCUCUGUUCUUUGUGAUGCUCACAGCUGCUUGUAGUCAUCAUUCCAGUGAGGAGUAAGAAGAAUUUUAUGUGUGUCUCUACCUGUGAGACUGCAGGAUCUCAAACCUCCAGCUGUCACCAGGUCACCAACCAGGCACCUGCCAGCCUCUGACCUGGGAAACACAAACUCUGUGACUUCCCCUCAACUGAUGUUCUCUGCCUGCUGAAGGACACUCAGAUGCCAUCUCGCUGUGAUUCUUUAACCCAGUCAUCGACUUUGCUGGGCCACCCUCACAGCUGGGAUGAAAAGAGCUGGUUCAGAGGAAGCCCUGAACAUGUACACAUCCAUGAAUAUGCAUGUGCAUGAGAGAGAGAGAGAGAGAGAGAGAGAGAGAGAGAGAGAGAGAGAGAGAGAGAGAGAGAGAGAGAGAAAGAGAAUCUGUGGUCACGAUGAGAGAGCGUACAAUUGCAGGUGGUGAGUGAAGAGGGGUGGAUUCCUCCCCUACCUGACAGAUUUUGUUCUUCAGACUUCCUUGUGUGUUCUAGAUGAGGGCAGAUAACACUGACCACCCCACCCCAGCAUUCCCACCACAAUAACCACUAUCCACAAUGCCACACUUAAGACCAAGCCUCCAACACAGGCUUUUGGGGUACACUACAUGGAGACCUCGCUUUCUAGAUAGCUUGUCUUCAAAUGCAGGCUCCUAACACACACAAAUGACUGGGAUUUAUCAAGAACUCAGAUCUUCCAGGUCAAGCCCAUCAGAGCCAGUUUUGCUGGUGUCUGCACGGUCUGCCCUUCACAGCCAUCCCACCACUACAGGGGGGCUGUUACCCACACCCAGCGCUGCCUCUUUCCUGUUGGUUUGUAUCCUGUUCUGGGCUAGAGAACAUACAGGCCAGAGCCACAAACAUCCUAGUGUCUUCUGAAAAUAAACUCCAGGAAA